AGAGCCCUCUACGGAGACGUCAUGCAGGAGAACUAUGAGAAUGUGACCUCGCUGGGGUUCCCAGUUUCCAAACCCGAGGUCAUCUCUCAGCUGGAACGAGGGGAAGAGCUGUGGGCCCCAGAUCUCCAGGGCUCAGAGGAAAGAGAGAUCCUGAGAGGCAGCGGCAUGGGUGAGGGGAUGGUGAGAGAGACCAUGGAGCAGAAUCCUCAGCAGGAAGAUGAUGAAGUGGAACCACAGGGGACAUUAUUGCAAGGAUGCACAGGGAGUGUGUCCAGGAGUUGUGAGCAGGGAAAAGGCUCUCAGGGGCAGCACGGGACAGAGAUGCGGCAGAGAAACCAACCAGCGCAGAAAGUUGGAAUAUCUGUUAAUUAUCAGGGAACUCACAGAGGGCUCAAGGAAACUACGGCCCAGCAGAGAAUUCUGACGGGAGAGAGAAAUAACACAGGCUUUGAGUGCGGGAAAAAGUUCAGGAGGCGCUCACACCAUCAGAGAAUCCACACUGGAGUGAGACCCUAUGGAUGCUAUGAGUGUGGGAAAACCUUCACUGAGCGCUCAACCCUUAUUCGCCAUCAGCAGAUCCACACAGGAGAGAAACCCUAUAAAUGCUGUGAGUGCAGGAAAACAUUCGCUCGGCGCUCACACCUUAUUGGCCAUCAGAGGAUCCACACAGGGGAGAAACCUUAUGAAUGCUGUCAGUGUGGGAAAACCUUCACUUGGAGCUCACAGCUUACUACACAUCAUAGGAGUCACACAGGAGAGAAACCCUAUAAAUGCAGUGAGUGUGGGAAAACUUUCACUGAGCGAUCAACCCUUAUUUGCCAUCAGAGGAUCCACACAGGAGAGAAACCCUAUGAAUGCAGUGAGUGUGGGAAAACCUUCACUGAGCGCUCACACCUUAUUCGCCAUCAGAGGAUCCACACACGGGAGAAACCUUAUCAAUGCUGUGAGUGCGGGAAAACCUUCACUCGGAGCUCACAGCUUAUUACACAUCAGAGGAGUCACACAGGAGAGAAACCCUAUAAAUGCAGUGAGUGCGGGAAAACCUUCACUGAGCGCUCAACCCUUAUUCGCCAUCAGAGGAGUCACACAGGAGAGAAACCCUAUAAAUGCUGUGAGUGUGGGAAAACAUUCGCUGGAAGAUCAGGCCGCCUUAUGCAUCAGAGGAUCCACACAGGGGAGAAACCCUAUAAAUGCUGUGAGUGUGGGAAAACCUUCACUCAGCGCUCAAACCUUAUUGCGCAUCAGAGGAGUCACACAAAAGAGAAACUGUAUGAAUGCUGUGGGUGCAGGAAAGCCUUCACUGAGCGCUCAGCCCUUAUUUACCAUGAGCAGAUACACACAGGAGAGAAACCCUAUAAGUGCUGCGAGUGCGGGAAAAUGUUUGCUCGGAAGUCACUGUUUAUUACACAUCAGAGGAUCCACGCAGGAGAGAAACCUUAUGAAUGCAGUGAAUGCGGGAAAACCUUCACUCAGAGAUCAGGCCUUAAUACACAUCAGAGGAUCCACACAGGAGAGAAACCUUAUGAAUGCAGUGAGUGCGGGAAAACCUUCAGUCGGAACUCACACCUUAUUGCACAUCAGAGGAUCCACACAGGGGAGAAACCCUAUAAAUGCUGUGAGUGUGGGAAAACCUUCACUGAGCGUUCAACCCUUGUUCGCCAUCAGAGAAUCCACAAAGGGUAGCGCCCCUAUGAAUGCUGAGUUCAGGAAAACCUUUGCUGGGAGAUCACACCAUAUGCGCCAUCUGAGAAUCCACACAGGAGAGAAACUCUAUGAAUGCUGUGAGGGCGGGAAACCUUUGCUCGGACCUCAGAUCUUAUUACACAUCAGAGGAGCCACACAGGAGAGAAACCCUAUGAAUGCUGUGAGUGUGGGAAAUUCUUCCUUCACAGCUCUUCUCUUAUUUAUCACCAGAGAAGCCCAUGGUGUUUUUCAUCAACUCCUGUGUCAUGGAAGUGUGCGUCCCUCCAACAGGAAUGUCCCUCAGUCCCAGGUGGGGGAACCAGGAGUGACCUUGACUAGGUACAUGGAGGUUAAAUCUACCUGGGCUUUGACUCCACUAGGGUUUUCCAUGGAGUUAGCUAGAUUGAGUUAGCAAUCCUGAUA